AUGGUAGAUGUGCUUAUGGUGCUUGUAGACGUCGAUAUUGUAGAUGUCGCUACUGUUUUUUCCAGGCAGUUUUCCAAAGUCGUGAAUGGCUUAGCCGAAAACAUCUGGAGAUCGACGACAUUGUAUCCUUCAAAGCCACAAAUACCGUCACCUGUUGGUGUAGCAGAGGACGAGGUAGUUGCGGAAGAGGUCGUAAGUUCUGGUGAGGUCGAGGUCACGGAGACAUCGGAGGACAUGCUGGACGAGAUCGAAAUGGAAGACGACGUCGUGGAUUCGAUAGACGAUGAUGAGCCCGAGAAAGUGCUGGUCGGCGUAGAGAAUAGAGUAGAACUAGAAGAAAUGCUGGUAGAGAUAGAAUGUGAAGUUGAGCUGGAUGAAACGCUGCUAGAGCUUCCGCAAUACGAGUACUGGGAACAACAGUUGCCAUACUUUCCACCAAUGCAGGUCAUUCCCGCAGGUGAUGCUCCAUACAAAUCUCCGCAGCGAACGUUUGUAGUAAUCUUCACUUUUACCAUAGAAGAAGGCGCCGUCGACAAGGCUAUUCCGGUGGAGGUGCUGCGGCUUGAGGUCGUCGAAGUUCGUACGGAUGUGAUGCCAUUGCAGCUACCGAACGAUGACUGGCAGCCUGUUUCGCAGUAG